AUGUGGAGGAGUUUUGCUGUUCUUGUAACUAUGACUUUAUCUACAUCAAUAGCUGCAAGAAAAGCUUCUAUUCCCAUGGCUGCUUAUCAGAUAUGUUUAGAAGUUUGGUUGGCUCUUUCUUUGCUUACCGAUGCUUUAGCACUUGCAGGACAGGCAAUUCUUGCAAGUAGUUAUUCACAAAAGAAUUAUGGUGAAGCAUGCAGAGUAAUAGACAGAGUUCUUAAGAUUGGAUUAAUAUCUGGAGGUAGCUUGGCUUUUGUGCUGUUCUUAGGGUUUGGACAACUAUCUUCCUUAUUUACCACAGAUUCACAAGAUCUAAAUAUUGUAAGAUCUGGUACUUUGGGUUCUUUUGUCAGUUGUGGUUUAUGGAAGCUUAAUAGUAAGGCUUGUAUUUUUACAAGUUAA